UUUUUUUUCUAGAAAAAUUCAAAAAUAAAAUGCAACAAAAUUUAAUAAAACCAAAAAACCCUUCAUUUUCUCUAAGCGAUUGCUGUUCUGAUUUAAUAAAUAAAAAUAUUCCUUUAUCAACUUCUUCCCCAGAAUUUAUUAAAAAAGACGAAAAAAAUACUUCUAAAUUAUUAAAUCCCCUUUUAACAACAACAAUACCCCCCACAACCACCACUACACCUACUUCAUGUCCUCGAAGACAUACAGUUUUCUCUUUUUUUGAUAGAAAAAGGUAAAU